AUGGUCGAUCAAAAAUUGAAUCCAGCCAUGGAUGAGCUGGAGCAGGGUAGUCCUAUGUCCGGGGUUGAAAAUGGAAAUGGGGAGCACGUGGAGGAUGUUGAGGAGAUAGAUGCCAAAUCGAAAGCUCUGAUGCACCUUUUGAAUACAAGUGAGGUCUUCGUGGCGAUCAUGGCAGAUAAGAUGAAGAAGCAGCAGGAAGAGGCUCGGCUUGAAGCGGCAAGGCAGCAGCAGCAGCAGCAGCAGCAACAAAAGCCAACAGAAGACCAAAAAAAGACAACUUCAGUUGGGAGACGAGAAACGCGCGCGAGAGCGAAGCAGCCUUCCGCAGAUGAGACAACACCUGCUGUGAGCGAGCAACCAGAUGAUAAGACAGCCACAAGGUCGAGAAGAGGCAGAGGCAAGAAGGGUACUUCUGCGACGAACGGUAACAGCAUUGCAAGUUAUUUUAAGAAAGCGGAUGUGGAAGACCCCGAAGACAAGCCGACGGUGCAGGAAGCCUUGGAACAUGCUGCGGACGAGUAUGAGGCCAACCCCAGCGCUCUAGGCGGGCAGGACCUUGUCGCCACUCAGCAACCGGAGCUUGUUACUGGAGGAAGAAUGCGCAAGUACCAAUUGGAGGGACUGGAGUGGCUCAAGUCACUUUGGAUGAAUGGCUUGUGUGGAAUUCUGGCCGACGAGAUGGGUCUUGGAAAAACAAUCCAGGCAAUCUCUUUGAUUGCUUUCUUCAAGGAGAAGAACGUCUCCGGACCUUUUAUGAUUGCGGCUCCGUUGAGCACUGUCAGCAACUGGGUAGAUGAGUUCGCGAGAUGGACUCCAAGCAUCAAGACGGUCUUGUACCAUGGCUCCAAAGACGAACGUGCUACGAUUCGCAGGAACUUGAUGAAGCUGAAGGACCAGAAGAGUGCAGACUUUCCGGUCGUUUGCACAUCCUAUGAGAUCUGUAUGAACGAUCGAAAGUUUCUCGCGCAAUACCAAUGGCGAUAUAUCAUUGUUGACGAAGGUCAUCGUCUGAAGAAUAUGAACUGCAAGCUCAUUAAGGAGCUUCUCUCGUACAACUCUGCAAACCGCCUGCUGAUCACUGGUACACCACUACAGAACAACAUUACCGAGCUGUGGUCACUGUUGCACUUUCUGCUACCGGAGAUUUUCAAUGACCUCAACAGUUUCCAGAGCUGGUUCGACUUUUCCUCAAUGCUCGAUAGCAAUGGGCAGAUGGAUGUCAUAGAACGUCGGAAACKCACACUUGUCUCCACCAUGCAUUCAAUCCUGAAGCCCUUCCUUCUGCGGCGGGUUAAGACUGAUGUCGAGACUGCCUUACCCAAGAAACGUGAAUACAUUCUCUAUGCCCCUCUCACAGCGGAGCAAAAGGAUUUGUACCGUGAGAUUCUCAAUGGCACGGGCCGUCAAUAUCUCGAGGAUAAAGCCGCAGAACGACUCUUGGCCAAGAAUGAGAGGCUGUCCCGUUCGGCGAGCCUAAAACGCAGUGCCGACAGUAGUAAUUCUUCGACCCCCAACAAGAGCCUCAAAUCCAGCAGAGAUUCGACUCCAGCCAGUGUGGCUAGUUCAACCCGCAGGCGUAAAGCCCCUCAAACUUACAAAGAGUUGAGUGACCGCGAAUUUAAUGCGCAACUACGCCGCCUUGAGCAGGGCUUGGAAGACGAUUUGGAUAUACAACAGAGCCCUAUUGAUACUGAGCAAGAGGAAAUCGAAAGAGCAAAUACUAUCAAGCUGGCUAAGAAAGAAAUUGCUCAGAAGAAACUGCAGAAUCCGGUCAUGCAAGCCCGUCUUGCCUGUAACUCUCCGCAUAAUUUCUACUGGCCGUGGAGCGACGACCCGACCGCCAUCGACGAGACUCUUGUCACCGCAUCGGGCAAAAUGCUCCUUCUCGACCGCCUCGUGCCUUGUCUCUUGAAGAAGGGGCACAAGAUCCUCAUAUUCUCCCAGUUCAAAACACAGCUCGACAUUCUUCAAGAUUGGGCCACCCAGCUUCGCGGCUGGAACUGUUGCCGCAUUGACGGUGCCAUCAGUCAGACAGACCGUCAAACCCAAAUCAAAGCCUUCAACUCGGACCCGGGCUACAAGAUCUUCCUGCUAAGCACCCGAGCAGGAGGCCAGGGCAUUAACCUUGUCGCUGCCGACACGGUAAUCCUCUACGACUCAGACUGGAACCCCCAGCAAGAUCUCCAAGCACAAGACCGCGCGCACAGAAUUGGCCAGACAAAACCCGUCAUCGUCUACAGACUCGCAACCAAAGGAACCGUCGAACAGACUCUCCUCGAGAAAGCGGACUCAAAGCGCCGUCUCGAACGCCUCGUCAUCCAAAAGGGGAAGUUCAGAAGUCUCCUGGACUCGAGCUCGGUGAGUCACAACGACGUAGAAGAGCUCAAGAAGGCUCUCGGCGAAGACGAAUUCGAGCGCUUCGAGACGGGUGCUGACCCCUCCGCUCUCCUCUCGCAAAAGGAUCUGGACAUUUUGACCGAUCGGAGCGAGGAGGCGUAUGUGCGUGCCGAGAAGGGCCUGGAUCAGAUUGGGCGUGCGUUCAAGGCUGUCGAGACGAAGAAAGAGGGAAACUCCCUCAUGGCUCAAAUUACUGGGAAAUAG